GAGAAGAGAAAAGACUCUGUAUUGAAGUUACUCUAUUCACUUUUAGAAUCCUCUUAUAAAAGUCUGCUUUUUUAAGAUUUUUUUUUUAUUGUAACGCACUGCAACUUGUUUUCCUUAAUUAAAGGGGAUAUACACAAGUAUAUCUUCCUCCUGAGCUUCACCCUAUCGAGAUGUUUUGGAAAGUACUUAAGGAACGAGUCAAAAGAGAGAAGUUGACGGAUACAGAAACUCUUUCUUCGAGAAUAACUGAAGGUAGUGAGGAUGUUCCUGUCGAACAUUUACAAAAUUUCGUUCAGCACUCAAUCGAUGUAAAUUCUAAAUGCUUAAAUAAAGAAGGUUUGUGAUCAAUGUAUCUGACGAAUUCAAACAUUCGGUAAAUUGAGAGUG